AUGAAAAUAGAAAACACAGUUGUGACGGACUCUGAGAUCUGUUUUACACGAAUGAUGCCCCCAAACUCGUUUAUUUCCAUCAUGUCGACAUCGGGUGUGAUGAGGUACGGGAGGGCGCUCUUCAAAUUUGAAGGUCUGUACCUAAGCAGAAAUGUUGUGCUACUUAUAGAGGGGACCAAUGUCACAUGGGAAGGUCCUAAUGAUAAAGGAGGUGUCGUCGUGGAGUUCACAGGCAGUGAAAUUAGCAGUAUAGACGGUGCGUCUGGACUCUUCGUGCUUAACACGAGCGCGGUGAAUGCGUCGAGUAUCUUUGCUUCAAACAACAUAGAUGUCCUGACGAUUUCUGGUGGCUCGUCUGUUGGGAUCGAUUGGGUCUCGUGCUCGGGCUGCUCCAAGGCAGCAGUGGUGUUACCACAGAUUUCGGUAAGUGGGUCUAGUAUGUUUCGUAUAAGCCAUAUCAAGAUGGACGACAAUCCGGGGAUCCUUGCGAGUAGCGGCAGUAUUUCUGUUAGUGGUGCCUCACUUUAUCUUGUUAAGGACUGUGAGCUAGGGUCUGGUAACCUGUUCAGUUUCGAGAGGUUUGUUGUGUCGGAGGCUUCACUUGUAUCGUUUGUUCAAAUAAAGGCUCAGGGUUCUCUGCUUGCAACAGGUAGCAAUAGCAAAGCUUUCACUGUCGAUGGAGACUCGCAUCUGUAUGCCAAUAUCGAAAUGAACGGGGAUGAACUCAGGGUGAACAACUUCGAACAACAGGGAUUUCCCGUGGACAAGGUUGUCACGCGAGAUGACAAGUUCGAUAACGAUAAGUGUGCGUACUCGUCCUGCAUGCCGAAUCAUUUUACGGUGCCCGAGUCGUCAGACGGCUGCAGAUGCGUAUGUAAUGACGGUAAGUACCAACUGCCGGCGUGCACUGUUGUAGUGGACUCUUUGAGAGGAUACAACACAGAUGUGAAACCACCAUGUGACGUAGAUAACUGUUGGAUAUGCACCCCAUCAGAUCGGAACAAGUGCAAGGUUUGCCUCUCCAACGACUACAUUCUUAAUGAUGACAAAAAGUGCAUAUACACACCCCCUCCCCCCCCCCCUCCGCCGACGCAUGAGGUGAAACCAACACCACCACCUAUUCUAAUCCCGACAAAUCGAUCAAAGACAGUGGAUGGGCCAACGUGGGGGAAAAAUAGUCACUGUGAAAUUGAAAAAUGCCAAAGAUGCAGCCCGAACGGUAAGAUUUGUCAAAACUGCGAACCCGGGUAUGAAGUAAGCCCAAACAGCAACGAGUGUGUAUUAUCCUACCAGGGAGCCUCUCGUGUCUCCGGUCCGCUGUUUAUCGGCGUCGUGUCUGGGCUGAUGACAGCCGUGCUGUUGUAGGCCGUCAAAGGAGAGGGGGUAGCGAUAGGGGCUAGAGCCAGACCUUCGUCGAAGCCGCCCCGCCGCGGAGGUGGCGAUCGUCCUUCGUCAUUACCACAGCAUUUAUUCUUUCAGAUGUUCCAAUAGCACUCUUGCCAACCCUCUAACUUAAAUUAAUUAAUGGGUUGGUAUUUCAACAUAGUUCAGGUUAUUAUUAUUGUUUUACUAUGUGAAUUAUUAUCUUUUAUACAUCCCCACGAAGGAGCGGCUCCCUGAACCGUUAAAAAUAGGAUGGGAGGCUGUAGACAUAACACCACGUGUGUUGCACCGUUGGGUAACCCCUUCCAAUCCACCACGCACCCACCAAUGUUGCUCAGUCUACUCGUGUGCUUUCCUUCAAGGGGGUGACCCCCUUCUAGCCUUGUUUAAUUAAUGAUUCAAAAUGUUCGGUAUGUUUUCGCGAUGUCUUUAUUGUUAUAUUUUCGAUGCAUCCCCACGAAGGAGCGGCUCCCUGAACCGGCGGAAAUUUCAGGGGAAGCCGUAGAGUGUACUCAAAUAUUUAGUGUCGUGGGCACUGCCUUAUCUUCAUAUAUAAUCUCUACCUUUUCUUCUCUGUCCUUUCUUAUAUAGUUUCUAAAAUUAUCAUCCUGAAUAUUUGCCACACACGCAUUGUCUUUUUCAACGGCAUCAAAGAAAACGCUGGCUCAUAAUAGUCCAUUCAAGCGCUCGCCCAGAUAAUCAUAAACACACGUCUUUCUCCCUCAGCAGCCCACAUCUCGGACACCACGAAUCGAAAUGCUCACGAAAACGGUUUUGAUGGCGCUCUUUUGUGCAGCUAUCUUACUGGUGAAGAUGGUGGAGGCCGAUAAUUUUGUGUUGGAGACUGGUGCACCUCGACCAAGGGAGGUGCCAAACCCAACACUGUUGCCCACACCAGCUUCACUAAAUAUUUUGGCGUCUCCAUAGGGCUCGACCUAUGAUUUAAUGUGUACCAAAAAUGCCAAGACAUGCAAUGCCGCUAUAUAAUUGGACUUUUGAGAGACUGUAUAUGCAUAAGUAAGGAGGCUUCUGUUCUCUUCUCGAUCUAGGUUGUGCAGAAUGUGAGGAUGAUGUGACUAAUUGUGUUGAAUGCAAAAGUUGGUUUAAACUGAACACCAAGGGGAAGUUGUGUAAAAGUUUGGAACCUGGAGAGCGCUUAGAUAAAAAGAUGAACCACUACCAGUGCAUGAAUCUUCGACUUUACAAGCUUUUAGAAUAAUCGCAAUCUUCCACGGGAGAUAUAAUAAAAAAUUUUCCUUUGGAAUUAACUGUAUAAAUGCAAAUUAGAUUCUUGUAGCAAUUAACAGAGAUUGCUUAUAGGGCCGACGUCCUAUAUCUGAUGGGUGCAACGAGUAGUGUAUUUCUUGAAUCAUUUGAUCAAAUUAUUUACUUAUGAUUAUAAGAAAAUCUGUAGUAUUGAAUCCGAUUUAGAAAACUUUCCACCAAUUUCCAUUGACUUUAUUCGAUUCUUCCGGAUGAAAAUCCACUGUUACUCGUCGAAUAGAUUUAUUGUGAUGUCUUCUAAUUUUGGUGUAUGUUUCUGUGAUGUGUAUAGGUUGCACAGACCCGUUCACAUUAGCGCCAAUGCACAGAUGACGUGAAAUUUUUUAAAUUUUCAAACCUUUGAAAGAAGGCGUUUUCUAGACUUCACUAACCCUAUGUGUUAAGAUGUAGAACGAGGCAGGACAUAUUUAGACGGCCAUGGCUUCCGAGCCUGUACGGUAUAAAUACGCAUCCACGUGGAUCCACUUCUUAGGGGAGCCUCUCGCAUCUAUCAAACCGCAACACUACGUCUAAAUUCAUCACUAUAAAUGCAGUGGAGCGUUUAGGUUCAGCAAUCAAGGAAUCACACGCUUCAAACUGUUGUAGUGUUAUAUUUCCGCCUCUAGGUCCUGCAGUAUUGGUGGGCAAGGCCUGCACAUGAUUUAGUUUCGGCAUGUAAACAAUUUUCGUAUUGGGUUGAAUUUGUCUGUUGGCAGCACUGCAGACGGUGUUUAGGGUAAAUUUUUGAGGGCUUGUACGAUAUAAAGAGGACGUGCUUCCGACAGUCACUCUGAUGUAUGGGUGCUUCUUACAA